AUGGAGCGCCUUCGCCGCCUAGCGCGUGAGGCGCUGACGUGGCCUUUUCUCGAGGACAGACAGCAGCUGGUAUGGACAGCAGUGCUCGAGUUCGACGCAGUGCCGACCCAGGACUUGCCGCCCUGGUUUUUUGAGAGGCAGAACUUCACGCGUCGGCAUCUAGGCGUGGACCUCUUCAGCCUGGACGGAUCGCAUGCAAUACUUUGUGAUGCUGGCAGUGCCACACUCCAGGAUGCGAAGCGGUUCUUCCGAACGGCCAACUGUGUGUGCCAGGCUCCCAAGUGCACCGUCUGGACCCUCCGCGACUGCAAGCUCUCCACCGAAUUCAGGAAGUGUCUUCGCAAGUACGAUGGCCAGCACAAGAUCCUCACCAAGUCGAGGCGGCAGAAGCUUCAGCGGAAUGAUGCCGCUCCGCUUGCGGACGGCCCGGUGUCGGACCCGCCGCUGUGGCCCUGCCAGGAGGCCUGCCUGGAGGCUUGCGCCACGGGAGCCCGUGUGAUUGAGAUGGCUUGCGGCACCGGGAAGACGCGCGUGAUCCGGGAGCUGGUGGCAAAGCACACGGGGAAGGUCUUAGUCACGGUUCCUUCACGCCUGCUGCUGGAGCAACUUGGUGAGGAGAUGCCCAGCUUUUCCAAGGUUGGCACGGGCUACAACGACAAGAUCGACUUGGCAUCGUCCCGCUUCAUUGCGGUAACUGACUCGGUGCAUUUGCUGCAAAAGGUCCAUUUCCAAGCAGUUUUCAUCGAUGAGUCCCACCACCCCUUGCCAAAAGGGUUUCCGAGCUGCAACAGUAUCUUCAAGUUUUCGGCCACGCAGAACCAGAAGUCAGACGUGGAUUUCAGGUACAGCUUAGGCGAGGCCAUCGAGCAAGGGGUAUUGUGCGAUUACGAUCUCACUGUGCCCGUGACGACCGAAGGCCACCCCUACAUCUGCCUGGCGAACUUGCUGUUGUCGCAAGCUGGACGCUUUCGUCGUGUGCUCGCGUACUGCAACUCGGUAGCGGAGGCCAAGCGAUUUCGGCAGGUGUUGGAGACUGUCGGGUUGGCAGCAUGGCACAUCAAUGGGCAGACAAGCCGAAAAGAGCGAGAGAGGGUGAUGAACGAAUUUUCUGGGGAGCUGCAGAAGACGGUGCAUGUGUUGGUGACGGUGCAGGUCCUCGGCGAGGGAGUCAACAUCCCCAAUGCCGACACUUGCAUGUUCGUGGAGCCAAGAAGCAGCUACGCGAGCAUCAUUCAAGCCAUCGGCCGAGUGCUGCGACCACAUCCGUCCAAGCCUAUGGCUCACAUCGUACUUCCUGCGAUUGCUGUUCCGAUGGCAUGCGAGAAGCCAGGCGCAUCCGUGAGCAUUUUGAGCGAUGCCCUUGGCCCUGCCAGAAAUCUGGGACUGCUGCUUACCGAGGAUGACGACAAGAAUCCUGUUUGCCUGCAGGUGCUGGAAGGUCACAACCAUGCCCUGGAAUCGCCUGUGCCGAUCAAAGCAGCUCCCUCGACGAUAGGCAGCGAUAAGAUGGAGAGCAAGCCCAACAUGCUGGCAGAGGGUUCGCUGUAUCUUCGUCACUCCCAACUUGACCAGCGUAAAAUGCAGGGCAGCAUCGGUGUGGCACAUGCUCAGCACCAGCUUGUAGCCAGUGGUGCAAAGCCUCCUUCGGAAGGGCUGCGUGCGGCAGGCGAUAUUGCUCUCCCUGGAGAGUGGCUUCCACACGCUCUGCCGGCAGAGGGUGAUCAGACCGUGAGCAGAGCGAAUCGCGAAAUCAGCAUCCAACCCGAUAUCGGCUGCACAUCAAACUUGCGCGCCGCUAGCCCGGGCCCCGAGGCCCAUGCUCCAGCUCUUAAAUCACCUACUGGCAGCCAGCCCGACGCGCACAUCACCGAGACGUGGGGGGACCACGAUGGCAAAGAUGCACUUCGAAAUCAAUUCGGUGCUGACCGGCGAGCUUCUGUAGAGCCUGCGGGGGGUCCCGAGGCGAUAAGGGCCAAGAUGCCCCAGUCGGCCGCAGCUUCCAAGCAUCGGGUAAAGACUGCCGAUCAGCUAGAAAGGUUUUUAGAGGUGAUAGGUACGGCAGACAGCAGGUUUUCCGACGAAGACGUCAAACAUUGGCAGAGUCGUCUUUGGGUGUUGGAUAGCAGGCUGCAGCAGCCAAUCAUGCAGAAGCUUUUGACCCAUAACAUACAGUACCAGCUGGCGUUGAUCCUGCACGAGCGUGAUGCGUGGAAUCUCCGAGUGCGUGCUGUGGAGAAGUUCGAUCAAGACCAUGGAAGGCUUCCGAGGCAAGUAAGCGGCUCUCUGGAAGAGAGAACGCUGGGCACGUGGCUACGCAAUGCUGGCUCUAGGCAAAAGAAACAGGGGCUUCCAACUACGAGAAUGCGGAAGCUUUUGGACUCAUCUUGCGAUCGUUUGAGGGCCCGUGCUUCGAAGUGGCUAAAUCCGGAGACGCCUUUCGAGCGACAAAGGAAGGAAUUGAGGCAGUUUGUUCAGGUUCACCGCCGCAUGCCCCAUAGCACUGUAAGUUCCAGUCGAGAGCGCAAGUUGCGACAAGGCUUGGACAUGCUUGUGGAUCCGAGUCGGAAGGACAGCGAGGCACGCCUGCAGCAAUUGGAAGACCUGGGGCCAGUCGUUGCAGAGUGGGUGACAGGAAGGCGAGAAAAAAGGUUCCGAGUCGACAAGGCACGAUGGAAGCGCCAAUGGGACAGGCUUGUCGAGUUCGUGCAGGCCAAGGAUAGGCUGCCGAGCUCUCGGCAAGAUACUGAGCAGUCUAUUUACUUCUGGUUGUCCUUGCAACGAAGGCACCUCGAACGCCUCCCUUUCGAGCUUCGGCAGAAGCUGGUUGGUUCCAACUCGGCAAUCGCAGCUUUUGUUUUGGACUCAAAGGACCCGAGCAUCGAAGAGGCCAGAAACGGCUCCAGGUUCCAAGAUAACUUCCGAUUCCGAAGCGAAUGGAGUUCAAAACGAAUCUGA